GGACCCCGGGCCGGAGCUCCCCGGCCUGAGAGCGGGAGCCAGCAGCGGCCCUCUGCCUGGCCUGGCCGUCCCCCAGCCCGGGGAGCAGGGUCUCCGUCCAGAGGGGCUAGGAGGCGGCCGUGCCAGCCCGGAGCCUGCGCUGGGACGUGCCAGGGACGUGCCCUGCUCAGCUGCCAGCGAAGAUGCAGAUAAAAAUAACCUCAGCCCCAGCCAGGAGGCUCCCCUGACCCCAGCCAAGAAAUGGUCAGCUGUUGCCUGGAGUCAGCUUGCGGCCACUCCUUGUUUCUGCCGUCCCCACAAAGUUCCAAUGGUCCUGUAAAGAAGUCCAUGCGUGAGAAGGCUGUCGAGAGAAGGAAUGUUAACAAAGAGCACAAUAGUAACUUUAAAGCCGGAUACAUUCCAAUUGAUGAAGAUCGUCUCCAUAAAACGGGAUUGAGAGGAAGAAAGGGCAAUUUAGCCAUCUGUGUGAUUAUCCUCUUAUUUAUCCUAGCUGUCAUUAAUUUAAUUAUAACACUUGUUAUCUGGGCUGUGAUUCGCAUUGGACCAAAUGGCUGUGACAGCAUGGAGUUUCAUGACAGUGGUCUGCUCCGAUUUAAGCAAGUAUCUGACAUGGGAGUUAUACACCCUCUUUAUAAGAGCACAGUAGGAGGAAGGCGAAAUGAAAAUUUGGUAAUCACUGGCAACAACCAGCCUAUUGUUUUUCAGCAAGGGACAACAAAACUCAGUGUAGAAAAGAACAAAACCUCUAUUACAAGUGACAUUGGUAUGCAGUUUUUUGACCCCAGAACUCAAAAUGUCUUGUUCAGCACAGACUAUGAAACUCAUGAGUUUCAUUUGCCAAGUGGAGUGAAAAGUUUGAAUGUUCAAAAAGCAUCUACUGAAAGGAUUACCAGCAAUGCUACCAGUGAUUUAAAUAUAAAAGUCGAUGGGCGCGCUAUUGUGCGUGGAAAUGAAGGAGUGUUCAUCAUGGGCAAAACCAUUGAGUUUCACGUGGGCAGUAAUAUGGAGUUAAAGGCUGAAAACAGUAUCAUCCUCAAUGGGACUGUGAUGGUCAGCACCACCCGCCUACCCAGUUCCUCCGGCGGAGACCAGCCGGGCCCCGGGGACUGGGUGCGCUACAAGCUCUGCGUGUGUGCCGACGGCACGCUCUUCAAAGUGCAAGUAACCGGCCAGAACAUGGGCUGCCAGACAUCCGACAACCCCUGUGGGAACACGCAUUAGAAGAACCCCAGAGGUCAUCAACAUGUUUGUAUCUUCACCUUUUUGUACGAGUGUGCAUGUAAAUCAUUAUUUUUACAGAGUUCGCGAUAACUCAUUGUAAUUAUUUGAACUGCAGAGCACGACUGUAUCUGUUAUGUAGUCUCCAUAUUUAAAAUGUUCCGAGAGCCUAAAGUCUAACACAUUUAUUAAGUAGCACUGAUCUACAAAUGACUGUUCUCUAAAACAAUUGUGAGAAGUGAAUAAAAUCAAAAUAAGUGUUUUUAAA